UUGAAAAAAUAAAGUAAUUUUUAUAAGCAGGAGAAAUACAUAUUUUUUAAACCAAGUUGUUGAGCCUUUAACUCUGAAGACCGUCCUCAGUGGGUACCUGCAGCAGCUUCGUCUGGGACGCGCCCCAGCUCCGCUGAGCCCUGCUGAGCCGCUCCCGGGGGCUGUGCUGGUGGGUGAAUUAGCACGCAGGCCUCCUCAUCCUUGUUGCCAGUCACUGGUGUGUGGGUUCAGUUUCUUCUUUAUCACUGGGAGCCUUGGUCUGAGUAAUCAGCCUGUUUCUUAGCAUUACCUAAGCAUUAUUCAGGUCGCCAUAACAGAUUCAAAAUAGUGUUUCUAACAAAAAAGUUAACUUCUGGUUCCACUUUGCCUACCUGGGUGGCUCUGGCUGUCAAGGCCUCCUGGGAGCCUGGCCGCUUUGCCUCAUCAGGGUGUCGAGGUGGGGGGUGUGUGGAGGUGGGGGCCUUGCACACACGCAUUCCGUUUCCAGCUCAUUGGCUGGAGCUCAGUCACAGGGUCACAGCUCUCUUGAGGGGACUCCAGGAAGUGUAGUCAUUGGCUGGGGGGCCACAUGCCUUCUCAUUUCCGGUCGUGUUUCUGUCACUCGGAGCAGAGAUUCUGGGCAGUCUUGAGUCGGCCACAGUUUACCCCACUGGCCACUCUUUGUCCCACACCAAGUACUUCCUCUGGCCCAGGCGGUGGGGCGUGGCUCUUUCAUCAGGUGCCAGUGCAGGUGCACACAGUCAGACUCUCAACUCAUGCCCGGCCCGGCCGCCCGGAGUGUUGUCUGCAGCACCCACCGAAAGCAGCCUGACCAUGUGAACUCGCCCCUCAGGGAGGGGAAGAAUCGCCACCCACGGCUGUGCUGGUUCCCAAAGGAAGAGGUGUCCUGACCAGGUGACCACUAAAGGGAAGCAGUGGCACGACCUGGGACCCAGCAGUCACUCCCAGGUCUACACCCAGCAGAAACGAGGAUCCUCAUCUACCAUGAGACAAGUACAGGAGUGUGUGCAGCCGCUCUGACUGUCACCCCAGACCACAGGCAGCUCAGGUGUUCGUGAGAAAUUCUGACCUAGGAAACUUGUGACAAGAAGGUGACUCUGGAGCCUGAAUUUCUGAGGAUGGAAAUCUGCCUGAGAACAUGUCAGAAACACUCACAGUGAUGGAGCCCCCUGCCUCUGAGUCUGGGGCAUUCCCUGCACCCAGAUUAGAGGGACUUUUGGGAAACCCAGAGGGGAGCUGCCCCCCUCAGGAGGGCGGUUUCAGGGGGGUGACGAUUACCCAUUGGAAGAUCCAAGCAGGAGAGGCAGCUCGGGUGGGCAGUAAAUCAGGAGAAAGCCCAGUUCUAAGCUCAAACCUCCUCCUUCUCCAGAGAGAGCUUGUGGAAGGGGAAGCCCAUCAGUGUGAGAUUUGUGGCAAAAGCUUCACAUUUAACUCGGACCUAGUUAGACAUCAGAUUUCUCAUGCUGGGGAGAAACCUUACAGAUGUGAGCAGUGUGGGAAAAGCUUCAGCCAGAGCUCUCACCUUGUUGAGCAUCAGCAAGUGCACACUGGAGGAAGACUCUAUGUGUGCAACAUGUGUGGAAAGGACUUCAUUCAUUACGCAGACCUCGCUGAGCACCAGAGAGCACAUACAGGAGGAAAACCAUUCCGAUGCAUGCAGUGUGGGAGAGCCUUCCAUCACAGCUCAGACCUGGUUCGGCACCAGCGAGUUCACACCCGGGAGAGGCCUUUUGAAUGCAAGGAGUGUGGGAAAGGCUUCAGCCAGAGCUCAUUGCUUAUUCGCCAUCAGAGAAUUCACACAGGAGAAAGACCUUAUGAGUGUAAUGAGUGUGGAAAGUCCUUCAUUAGGAGCUCGAGCCUUAUUCGACAUUAUCAGAUCCACACAGAAGUGAAACAGUAUGAAUGUAAGGAGUGUGGGAAGGCCUUCCGUCAUCGCUCAGACCUCAUUGAACAUCAGAGAAUUCACACUGGAGAGAGGCCCUUUGAAUGUAACGAAUGUGGGAAAGCCUUUAUUCGGAGUUCAAAGCUUAUUCAACAUCAGAGAAUCCAUACUGGGGAAAGGCCUUAUGUGUGCAAUGAGUGUGGGAAGCGCUUCAGCCAGACAUCAAACUUUACCCAGCAUCAGAGAAUUCACACUGGAGAGAAACUCUAUGAAUGUAACGAAUGUGGGAAAGCUUUCUUUCUGAGUUCGUACCUUAUUCGACACCAGAAAAUCCACACUGGAGAGAGAGUGUAUGAAUGUAAAGAAUGUGGGAAAGCUUUUCUCCAGAAAGCCCAUCUCACCGAACACCAGAAAAUCCACACUGGGGAUAGGCCCUUUGAAUGUAAGGACUGUGGGAAAGCUUUCAUUCAGAGCUCCAAGCUGCUUCUGCAUCAGAUUAUUCAUACUGGCGAAAAGCCCUAUGUAUGUAGUUACUGUGGGAAAGGCUUUAUUCAAAGGUCAAACUUCCUUCAACACCAGAAAAUUCAUACUGAAGAGAAACUCUAUGAAUGUAGUCAGUAUGGGAAAGACUUCAACUCCACCCCAAACUUUAAAAAUAAUCAAGGUGUUCACCAAGAGGGACUUCCCUUGAGUAAGACCGCCAUGCAUGUGGGUGAGAAGUCUGCAGGUCAGGGGGAACACACAAAUAACUUAUAAAAUAUUUACUCUCCAACUCAGUGAUGUUUAGAAGGAGUAGCAUGACUCCCUAACGGGUAUGACUUUGGAUGUGUCGGCUUUUUCCAAAGUCCUCAAUAGGGCCGCUUUCAGAUUGGGCUGUCACCUACCACUGCGCAGCAGCACUGGGCCACUGUCCUCCCCACUACGAAUGUGUGACGUCAGGAGAGCCACGUGACUGGACAGCUGAUGGAGCUGGAAUAAUGCUGGGGGAGGGGCUAGGUCUAAAGAAGCUUUCUGCAUGUUACUGCACAGUUACAGUCCAUCCGAGUUAAAAAUACUUCUUAAAACAGAACUAUGUAUCUAAUCUUAAAAGAAUAUCACAUGGUUAAUUUUGGUCUAUCAAAAAGGCAAGUUGGAGAAAGACCUUCGUUAUUUCAAACCACAGGUUGGUUCCCCGUUGUCCUUAGGAUAAUUUCCAAGCUCCCAGUCCUGCUUUCUAAGGCCUUUUGCUUCCUGGAGUUUUAUCUCCCACUCCUUAACCUCCCGCCGCAGCAGCUCUAACUGCUUGACAUUCCCGCUUAACCCAAGCUGUACUUGCCUCCUCUUUGUCCUUGUCUGAACGCUCUCCACUGCACACCUGGUUAGCUCCUUACCAGGAGUCAAGACCCAUGUCAGGCUCAGCCAGCUACCCCUCUGUGCUCGUGUUGCUGGCGUGCACUUCUGUUACUGCACUUGCUUUGGUGUAUCAAAAUGAUGUUCUUAUCUACCAUCUCUCACUAGUACACUACUAAUUCCUUAAGGAGUUGGUCAUAGUCGAUGGGUUCAUGUGUCCGUGGCACCUGGUGCAGGGCAGUAAGAAGCACAGCCGGAUCUGUGUGUCACUGGCUCUUCUCUCCCUUGUGCCGCUGUAGUUUACGUUUUUGGGUUUUGUUGUUUUGUAACAGUAUAAUUUGCUGGUCUGCUGGAAGUAUCUUCUCUCUCAGCUCUGUUGAUGUCUUCUGCUUCUAUGUAACUUGGAAGUUGUAAGCAGUAGCUAGUGGAAGACCAGCGUGCCUUGUGUUUAUGCCUUCAGAGCUCACCCAUGACCGUCUCCUUGCUGUUGGGGAGUGUUGUCUUCACCUGGCUGCCUGUGUAUUUUUCUAAUCCACUCAAGGGGCACACAAUCGCAGUGCACUGCUCAAGGUUUCCUGUCUCAGCAGUUCCACGAUUGACCUCAUCUCUUAUGGUCACUUUCUCUGCUUUCUGGCUCAUUUUGUCAUUUAUCUGAAAAUGUAUUGAUCUAAAAGGACUGGGUCUGAACACUUGGGAAACAGAUGAAAUUGUUGAUUUUGAUGGGGAAGACAGAUCAUUGCACAGAGUUAAGUGCUGAAGUAGAAGUUCCACGUUGUGUAGGAGCAUAGGUAAGGAGGAGACUGAUCUGUUGUGGAGGAUCUGGGCCAGCUUCACAGAAGAGGUGACCCUAGAACUGAGAGAGCGAGUGCCAUGGCAGCUAGAGAAGAGGAUGACCUGGGAGAGGAAUCUGUAGAUAUGGAGAGGGGCAGUAGACAUAUCUUUGGGGAGCUGUAGUACACAGUAGAUAAUGGUCUACCCAACUUUCAGUUGCUGCCUCUGAUUUUCUUUUCUCUGAACAUUAACAAAAACAACCAGUUUUGAAAUUACAUGAACCCCCCCCCCCCAAUAUGGGCAUAUUCUGAGUUUUUAAAUUCCAGCAACACUAGAAACCUUCAGGGGUAAGUGAUAAAGAGGGGCAUACAGUACAUCUUCUGGAAAAUCAUUACUAGAGAUGUUACAAAUGGUACAGAAGAGAGAUUAUCAAGGCCAUUUCAAUCAACUUUGGUGACAUCUAUUUUCCAUACAGUAAAACAUAUUUAAAGUGUACAGAGUUUUGAGAAACCAUAUACCUGUGUAACAACCAUUAGAAUAAAGAAAAAUAACAUUCUUGUCAUUCAAACAGGUUCCCCUUUGCCCUUUCCCAGUUAGUCGUGCCCUAGUCCCAAAUACCUGCUUUGGGUCAGUGUAGAUUAGUUUCGCUUGUAGGGCUUCACAUAAAUGGACCCAUACAGUAUAUAAUUCUAUGUGUCUUGACUUCUUUUGCUUUGGCAUGUUGUAAAGACUCAACCAAGUAGUUAUGUGUUUGGGUGUCUCUCUGCUGAGUAGUGUUCUAUUGAACGGACAAACUUUUGUUCAUCGCCUGUUGAUAGAAAUUUGGGUUUCCAGAUUUGGCUUUUAUGAAUAAAACUGCUAUGAGCAUUUGUGUAAAA